UACUCGUCAUUUCCUUGCGCCGCCGCGGUGCAGGGGAGCUUCGCCGCCGAAGCGGCCCGGCCGGGACUGUCGCCGUUCACAACUGCCCGCGCGUGGUUAUUUCAUUCACGACGUGUUUGUUCUUCGAAGUCACCGGCUCUUGCGACACCGGUCGCCAGCAACUCGGCUCCUCUCCGGUUUGACCGUCACUACUGUACCUGACUCCAUCUACUUGUCGCUUGGGGACGAACUGUGCGAAACGACAAGACUCGUGUCUGCUGUGUGGCGUGUGUGUGUGUGUGGGCCGGAGCGCGACGUAUCUGUGAGCGCGGAGCGGCGUCCGACUUCUUACCACGUGCGGGCUCUGCAUCUUCCUACAUCCGCAAGAGGAAGAGGAGGGGGAAAAGUCCAGAGAGAGUUUGUCGACGAGAGCCCGACGGUGCGCGUGUGUCUGGCCUCCCUGCCUGCUCGCUUACUUGCUUUGCCCGCGCUCGCCGUGCGAGGCCUUCUCUCUUUCUGACAACGGCGGGAGCAGCAGCAGCAGCCCGCCGCCGCUCCACCUCCCCGUUCGUGCAUCUCCGCCCGUGUGGCGCUAGACUCCACCCCCCUGGAAACGGCGGCGACGCCGCGCGAAAGGCGACAGAUCGGCGGCGGCCCGCUUUCACAAGCGCCCCGAGAGCGCGUGUCAAGCAACGCGAUACGCGGCUGCCGCCAGUGUGGGCGCCCACCGUGUUGCGCGUGCGUGCGCGUGCGUGUGUGUGUGCGUGCGCGUGUGAGCGUCUGCGCGCGUGUGCUGCCUCGUUUUCUCCGCUUACGACGUCGCUGAGCGCGCGCCUCGUUCUGCGUCGCUGAAGGUGACAACGAACAAACACGUUGCUUUCCUCGGACUCGCCGCCAUCGAGGCCGACGCAGGCCCCAGCGGGAUAUUCGAAACGAGCGAGUCCCACACCUCCGGGGAAACGGAUAACCAUCCCUGCGACCUGGCGUCCGCCGAGAGCACGAGAGAGGCGACGGCGUGAGAAAUGUGUCCCGACGGUGACGCCGAAGCGGGACCGCUGACGCUGCCGGUCGCGCCGGCGUUGCGACGUUUCGCUUUCGUCGCUCCUGCUGCCUGUGUUGGCGAUGUGCUGGGGGUGCGCUGUUGUUGUUGCUCCUCCUCGUCGUCGUCGUCGCCGGGAGUUUUCGUUGAGCGUAUUGCGUCGCGAGGUUGCACCGUCCAGCAGCGUCGUCUAGGAGGCGUCGUGCCACGCGAGAGCCACUGACAUCGUCGACUUGUCGGCGACGUGAUUCACGCUGCCUCGAGCUGAGCGCGAGGCAAUCGCAUAGCCUGCAAGAACGGGAGAGGGAGCGAGAACACACAAGCACAAGCCAGGCUCGCAGCACCCGUAAAAAGAAAAAAAACUAGAAACUACAAGAAAACGACGACGAAGAACUACAACCGCAGCACAACACUCGAGAGAGCGACAGCGCGAGCACAGUCUACUCGGGGACCGGGAGGGAGCCAAGAUGCGUCGCACUCGAUCCGCCCAGAGCCAGCGAGGCCGGUCGUGACCGCCAUGUAGUCAGCGCCGCUCCGGCCAGAGCCACCCUCGCGCUCUCCGAACCGACAUACGACCGCAAGAGGGUCGUCGCUGGGUCGUGUCGUCCGCAGGCAACCACACUAACCGCGAGAAGGCGUCCCCGAAUCGACAAACGACAAGGGACUGCGAAGGCCCGCUAGUCGCAGCCCCCGCCUUGCAACCCAUGAACCUUGACUGCUACCCGGCCGACGGGACGGCGGGAAUGUCCCCACCGCCGAGAGACGUGUCGCCACCGGCCGCGCCCUGCCAUGCCGACGUAGCCGGCGGAUCCGGCGACGAGGACCCGCUCGCCUACCAGACAGACCCGGGCCGCACCGGAGCCGACGAGCCCCGCGCCAAGAAGCGGCGCAAGCAAAGCAACCCCGUCCGCUACCACACGUCGCCCGUGGUCCUUCCGGAAGGCCCCGAUGACCUGGUCGUCGCCGCGGCAACGGACCCGGUCGGGUCGCCCACCGACGACGACUGUAUCGACGACGUCCCGGGCUCGGCGACAAGCCCCGCGGCGCAGAGCGAUGACACGGUCGUCGACUCGGGCGUCCUCAACCUCGAGAUCAGCAAGCGUCGCCGCAGGGACGAGUCCAACGGGGAGCCCUCGGAAGCGGCGGGCCCGCUGCGCUGCCACCACUGCAACGCCGGCUUCGCCACUGACGACCAGCUCCGGCUACACAUCGAGGAAGAGCACGUGCAGAAGCUCCUCGAGAAGCAGCUCCAGCAACAGGCGAGCUACAAUCGAGCGUUCGCCGCCGCCGCGGCUGCGGCUGCGGCCGCCGCUGGGGACAAGAACUCUGGCUCGACUAGCUCGCUGGAGAUGCAGAACCCGCCGCCGUUCCUGGACCGGAAGCCGACGGUCAGCGAGACAGCAGAGUUCGCCAAGAAUCACCCGUUCCCGUUCCCAGCGAUGCCGCCCCUCAUCCCGAUCUCACAGAGCGGCAACGAAGUCAAGCCCGGCAGCCUGCCUGUCCCCCUCGGCAUGUUCCCCAAUCCAAUGGCGCCGUUCCUGUUUCCCGUGCUUCAGCAGCAAGGCCAGAACGCGUCGACGCCAAUGCCGAACGGGAGCUCGGCGCCUUCGGGUAGCAUGCGCAUCUUCAACCCGGAAGCAUUCUGCGAGCUGUGCAACAAAGAAUUCUGCAACAAGUACUUCCUCAAGACUCAUAAGGCGAACAAGCACGGCAUCUACUCGGUGGAGUCCCUGGUCAGCUCCCCGUACGCACCGGGUUUCUUUCCGCCGGGACUGAGUGGCCCACCGUCCAUGCAACUGAUGCUUCAGGGGCCCAUGUCUGAUCCAAGCAUGGCCGGCCGUCAAGGUAUCAUCAAUAUGGAGUCUUUCUGCGAGAUCUGCCAGAAGGAGUUUUGCAACAAAUACUUCCUGAAGAAGCACAAGCAGAAAAUCCAUGGCAUUGUGGACCCUACAACUCAGCAGCAACAGCAGCAGCAACAACAACUUCCACAACAGCAGCAGCAGCAACCACAGCAGAGUAGCUCCGCCGAUAAUAUUGUCGAGCGAAAGAUGAGCACGUCACCGACGGGCUCCACCUCCACAGAUCCAGCGGGCAUGGCAGCGGGCACGGGGAACGACAAGAACGGUGGCCCGAUGCCCCUUGAGCAGCACCAACAGCAACAACAACAGCAACAGCAGCAGCAACAACAGCAACAACAGCAACAGCAGCAGCAGCAGCCGCCUUCCGAUCCGUUCCGCAUGGACUUCUCGAGCCUGUAUCCGGGCGUCAACGGCCGCUUCAGCAUGCCGAGUCUCACGCCACCGACAGGAACGAUGGUGACGUCGGCGUCCAGCAACUCGCCUAUCGUCAGUUCCUCUGUAUGCGGCGACCCGAAGUCGCUUCCGGCGUUCUUCAACCAGAACUCGUCUUCAAGCACAGAGAGCGGUUCCACCACCGUGUUCACGCCGGAGAAGCUUCGAGAGAUGGGCGUCAUCAACGCGGAGGCAUUCUGCGAGAUUUGCUGCAAGGAGUUCUGCAACAAAUACUUCCUCCGCACCCACAAGCAGAACAAGCACGGCAUACCGGCGACAGAUGCGCCGAAGGGAAACCCGCCGCUGGGCCCACAGCAUCAUCAGCACUCGAUGUCACACCACCUGAUGCCGCCGGCAGUUUCCAUGGCACCGCCCGUCGGCGCCGCUGCCACCAUGUCGACUCCUCAAGAUACGCCCGAGAACUUGACGACUCCCUCAAGAACAGCGGGAGGCGGGACCAGUCCGGAAUCCGCAGUUUUAAAGUCCACCUUCGCCAGCGACUUCGAGCCGACAGCGGACCUGACCUGCGAGAUCUGCAACAGGCCCUUCUCCAGCCAGUACCUGCUGAAGAUGCACAAGUUCUACACCCACAAUGUUCCGUACGUGAAGGAAGAGGACGAGGAGUCCAAGCCGCCUUCGCCCAUCAGCGGCGGCAGCAACAUCCAGGUCAGGGCCCUGUGUUCCACGCCACGCGAAGACGUCUUGCGGCUGGGCCGGCAGCCGGAAGCUUCCGGCGGUGGCGCUUCUUGCCAUACGGAGGACGCGGCGAGCCAAGACUUGCAGAAGCUGCAGAGCAUGAUACGCGACCUGACGGCCUCCAUCGCCAACGAGAACAAGGUCGUCUGCAACGUGUGCCGCACCGAGUUCGACAACAAGUACUUCCUACGGGCGCACAUGAUGAACGAACACGGCGUUCUCCUCAAUGAGGACGGCAGCAGUCUGGCACCGGGCUCCUCAUCGCCCGCGAGUGCUGCCUCCACGCAGCAGCAAAGGGGUCCCGGAGACCUUCCGCCGCCGCCGUUCUCGGCGGUCGCCUUUCCGUCGCCCGUGUUCGACUCGGAGGCCUUCUGCGAGAUAUGCCAGAAAGAGUUCUGCAGCAAGUACUUCCUCAAGACCCACAAGCAGAACAUCCAUGGCAUCAACAUGGAUAUCGACGUGGCUUCGGCUCCCAAAAAAGACGACGUAGGCCAAGCCAAGAACGCCGUCAGCAAGGUCAGUGGCCCGCUGGUUCCCGUGCCGCCACCGCCGCUCUUGUCCAUGGCGAUGCCUUCGGUGCCGACGCCCGACAAGGCCAGGAGCUCGGUGACGGGGCGCAACUACUGCAACAUCUGCAACAAGGAGCUGUGCAACAAGUACUUCAUGAAGACCCACAUGUUGAAGAUGCAUGGCAUAAACCUAGACGAACACCCUGCCGAGGCGGCCCGCAACAGCGUCAUCGGCGGCGUCACCUGCGAAAUCUGCCAGAAGGAGCUGUGCAGCAAGUAUUUCCUCAAGGUUCACAAGCAGAACACGCACGGCAUCAUCGAGGAUCCGGCCAAGGAGAACUCAAACCACAGCUCAGCGGGAGGCAGCAGUGCGGACAGGGGAGAGAUGCCGACCUCCUUCCAGCCUGGCGAAGUGAGCGACGGCAGCAACCGAAGCUUCAACCACUACACAGAGGUGUGCCCGCUGUGUGACAGGCGCUUCAAGAGCAUCAAGUGGCUCAAGACGCAUAUGGUGAACGACCACAGCGACAUGCUCAAGGAGAACGUCUACAGCCGCAUGGACAGCGUUCCUCCGGGCGCAGCGAAGCUGUGCAUCAUUUGCGGACAGGGCUUCCCGGACAAGGUGGCCCUUCAGAUUCACCUCAUCAAAGACCACCGCACCACGAGCGAGGAGCUGGGCCUGAUGAACUGCUCGCCGGCAUCCGCUGCCUCGGAAUCCCUGGCUGCCGUGGCCCAAGACACGGUGAAGCUGAACGGCGCUGCUCCGCCGCACCCUGCCGACAGGGCCGCGCACCUCUUCAAGCGGCCCGGCCUGGCGUCCGCGCUAGGCGGCAGCGGCAGCACCCGCAUUUACCACUGCUCCUACUGCGUCUAUUCUACGCGAUGGCUUUCCAACCUCUACGCGCACGAAAAGAGGCACACGGGAGUCAAUCUGGAAGGCGAGAAGCGCUUCGUCUGCCGCAUCUGCCACCGGGCCUACCGUUACAACCACUCGCUGCAGCGUCACCUUCUCAAUCACCGCGCAGCGGGUCUCGCCUCGGCCAGCCUCGCCAGUGCCGCCGCCUCGAUCAGACUGCCCAAGACGUCCCAGGAGCAGCCCCAAGACCUGUCCUCGGCGGACCCCGCCAGGGCCUCCUCCGCGGCGCCCGCCCCCACGCAGCAGCAGCCGUCCAAGCUGAAGCGCUACCGCUGCAGCAAGUGCAACCGAAAGUUCCGUUCGCGGGAGCUCUGCCUCAACCACAUCUACACAGCGCACGACGCCAAAAGGCCGGUCAAGAGCGGCCGACCGUUCCGUUGUCGCGUCUGCGGCUUCGCCACCAGGGCCUGGAACAUCCUCAAGAUACAUAUCAUGAAGCAGCACCAGGAGGAGGCGGCCGAAGAGAAGAGCGUCGGCAGCCAGCCGGACGUUUCGGUUCCCGCCGCGGCGAGCACUACCGACGACGAAGGCAAGCCCACCAGGACGCCGACGCCCACCAAGGCGGCGGGCCAGCUGCCCAUGACGUACGCCAUGCCGCAGAGCCCGCCCUCGGCCGGCACCUUCAUCAUGCAACCGUUCCUAAUAGCGCAGCCCGAGUCGGAGGACACCAAGAACGACACGUUCGUGCCGUCGCUCGUAUACCUGCCCGUCUGCCAGAAGGUGUCCCAACCCAUGACCGUGGCGUUCACGCUGACGCCCGCUUGAGCCGGGCCCGCUGUUCGGCAAGGCGAGCCCCCGAAGACUUGUACCCCCGCUCCCGCACUGACGAGGGAGGCACGGCACGCGGACACCCGAAGAGACGUCAUCACAGUAGUUCGCUCCUUCCCGGAGAGGGUGCGCGCGUGUCGGCUGCAAGCUCUUCGACGCGAGCCUCGCGACGGGUCCACAAAGUCACACGCUACACAAAGACACAACAGAGAAGACACACGCCGCCCGAGGACUGCCCGCGGCAACAGCGAAAGAAAUACAUCGGAGACGCAGCCACGCAUUGGUGUACCACCAGACGCAAGACGACGAUGGCAGCGCGCCGUUCGCGCCCUUGCUCCCUCCCUCCUUUGAACACACGUGCAAUUUUCUCUUUCCGUCGCCCCUCGGCAGGCCUCGCGUCGUCGCUCUCCGCGAAGUACGAACACAGGAAGGGGAAGCAGAAGCAAGCCUGGCAGGCACCGACCUCGGGUCCUCCCAAAGUCUCGCUCGGGAGGACCGAACACAGCAUAUCAGCUACACCUGCAGCAGCAGCCACAAAGCAAGUGAUCAGCAGCAGCGGCGGCACACGGCCGUUGCCAGUGUCUUCGUCACAGUUUCGUGUGUGCGCGCUACGUGAACUUUUUUUCUCGUCCCCUGUCCCGGACCCCUGCGGGAGAGCAUCAUUCGCAGCCUACACAAGAGGGAAGAAGACUGGCCUUCGCGCCUUCGGCCGCGCCCCGCCGACAGGGAUGCAAGACAAUACUACAACAACGGGGUCCACCGGCCGGUGACGCGUCGGACCUGCUUCUUCGCUGCAAACAGUGCGGGACGUUCCCGUGUCAUGCGCGUUCCGUAAUAUCCUUUUUUUUUUCUUCUUCUUCCGGAACUACUACUUCUUCCGCGGAACUUGCUGCACCAGUUCCGUCACUUCAGGAGGUGUGUGUUUUUGUGUGUGCCUCCGGAAAGUGUUCGCUUCGGAGGUGCCCCGACGUUCGUCGGUUUCACAGUGCGUCCUGUGCGCUCCGCCGUGUCCGUAACGUAGCCGUUUCGCAUCUUCUUCGACGAAGACGACAGCUCCCGUUGUUCUUGGCCGCCUCGACGGCACCGAGCGAGUCUUCGACCCGACAGUACAACCGCACCGAGGACGAAGGCAUCGGAGCGUCAUCUUCCCCGUACCCCGGGGAAAAGUCGCCAAGCGUCCGUCUACGCCAGAAGCGGUCGUCGCCGACCCUGCACCUCAGAGUCAGCCUUCUUCGAGAGUGAGCCGUCGCCCCGCUGUGCCACGUUGUCAGCGGGGCUCGCGGACAAGCGAGCCUCCUCCAACUCCUAAAGACGACCUGGGAUUAACCGGCGCGCCCGUUUAAUUUCGUUUCUGUUCUUUGUUUGUCCUCGUACCUUGACCCCCGCAUUGUCUUCUUGUGCGUCGGAUGUGCUUGCGGCGACUUUGACAAGGUCAGUCUCUGCCCGUUCCAUCACUCGUCUCGUGAAGUUCGCAUGUCUAUUCUGGGACGACGUUCAGAUUGAUGACCACAAGGAUGGUAUAUCGCUGCGCCAUGCAAGUGCCCAGUCCGAGAUUUCUGUUCGCACAGCCCUUUUCCGGUCCGAAAGUUGAUCGGCGGCGCCACUCCGAGGUUCCAAAAUCGACUUGGCGUUUGACUGUCGUGGGAAUGGCAUGAUACGUGUCAUGCCAUCCCCAAGGUGUCAGACAAGUUGCCUGAUGUAAUCACGCUGAGAUUUUCAAUUACGCGCGAGUGUCGAGGAAAAAACUCAGCAAUGCGGAUCAGUAAUACGCGUCACGAAAAGAGAGCCAGCAGUGUUUUUGUGAACAAAUUAUCGUUUUACUCAUCGCCCUCAGACCGGGCCACGAACUAAAUGUUACCUAAUUGCGAGCGCGGCCCUUGGGCCGCAUAAGCUUUCCCGGCAGUCUAAAUUUCAUAUUCUAAUAACGCUGACUUUUAACGAAACGACGUAUCACGUGGCACACGCGUUUCGAACCUCGGAUUCGCGUCUGCUGAACAGGGAUCAUCCAGAAUGUAUUGAGGGGAAGCCGAGCUGCGGGAGUCGGUCGAUGCCCGCACCUGUGCCACCGUGGAAGUGAGGUGGCGCGUUGAGAAUCAAAACUUUAGUCGCAUUGUGAUAACACGCCGUUGAGCAGGCCACAAAUCAAAAGAGACACGCUGUUGUUACGACUUGCGCUAAAAGUCGCUUCGUUUAUUAUUUCCUUAUCGUUUAUUCUGCACCGCGGGCGUCGACCUCCGGCGAAGCUUCACUUGUGACUCGGCUAAAUUCUGGAAAUUAGAAAUGGCACUUGCUGUAGCAGCUUAUCUUGCAUUCGCGUCGGUCUAAGCUGAGUAACAAGGGCGUAUGAAAAAAGGAAAGGCCUCCAAGAUUGGUGGUAUAAGGCUCUAGUGCGAAGUGCAAUAACGUCGAAAGCGCGAGCACGUCUUCUCUGAGGACGUGUGCAAAGAAUGAAGAUGCCGUGAGCGUAGCUAGUCGAACAGAGUAUUUCAUGUUUUUUGCCUUUUCCGACUGGUCGAAGAGAUAAGACGUAUCGCUAGAAUAAAGGGAAUACACAAGAGAAGGUUGUCAAGUCCCAGCCAUGUUAACUAAUCGACGAACUCAUUACAUUAUGACGCCGCUGACCUGAUGGCCAUUGCGACAUUUUUCGUAAGUUAUAUCGCACUCAGAAAGAGAUUAACGUAUUGCUACAAGUACAUAUAGAGUACAGAUUCAGUCAAGCUCGAAAUAAAACAGAUUGCAAUUUGCUACACCUUCUUGUCCAAAUUUCAGGGCGCUGAAUCGCAAAUUCGUCGAGUCUAGAGAUCAGCGUACAGUAACAUAUAGGUUUGGCAAUGGAAACAUUCUGUAACUGUAAGAUUAGUACGACAACGGAAGGCUUAACCAACUAUAGUACAUGUAAAACAAGACCAGCUAUACGCCUUUAUUUUUUAAAGUGCUUAGCUCAGCGACAGUAUCGUGCCGUUAUGACGUAUCGCUGAUGCUGCCCAGUUGAGACGGUUAGUUCAAGGUCACAAUUCCACAAGGGAACGUCGGUAUAUAUAUAAAAAAAAAGAGCGAGAAGAGCUAGCUAUUCGUCGAAAUGAUCGCGGCAAUCGGGACAUCUCGCUUUAAGCCGAAUCGCCGGCUGUCGACAUUCGUCAUUAAUCACUCGUCUCGGCAUGCCAGCAGAGAAGUGCGGCGGGCGCUCUGAGACCGUGCACGGCGAUUGGCGGCGACAUUGUUGUUGUAUUUAUGCAUACGUGCCGUGUUCUCAUUUCGGACUGAACCUGUUUGUUCGCAUGUUGUGUAUGAUGGAUUACUGCUGCCUGUCUUGCGUAUGCCCUCUUCUUGCACGUGCACAACCUCUCUCCCUCUAUACCUGAAUGCCGAGUCUGUAUCGCGAUUGUCCCUCUAGUUUGUUGUAUAUUUUGCCGAUAGGCUGUUUCCGUACACCUCUACCGGUGCCCGAGAACUAAGGCCUGACAAAAGUGCGUUCCGGUUUUGAUGGCUUUACUUCGACAGUUUCUGUUUUUUUUUUCUCGUAAGCUAGUCUGUGCACUGUAGUAAUGAUGUUUGUUCCCAAACUGAAUCAUUCCAACGCCAGCCUGUGCGGCUGGUUGCGACGAUUGUGAGAGACUACACACACGCACUCACUACUAGCCUGGGCUUAUUACACGCAUUUCCGAUUGUGCGGGCAUACGUUAACAUUCAACCGCACUUCAACGGAAAGCAUAUUGAAUGCCAUAAAACGUAUUAGGAGCACAACGCAAUUCCUACAACAAUUUUUUUUUUUUCUGUCAGGCCUUACAGUGGAGGCCUCAUCGUGUGUAACGCGCUGGGAAAACAUCGAUUAUGCAGCACCAAAUAGCCCCACUCUCAACCUUGGGGUAACCCUGGAGUUCGCUGACGAAUUUCUGCGAGGCCGACCGAGUCAAGGUCUCGCUCUCCAAUUACAGAGCGCCCGCUUCAAAAAGUUCGCGCAGCAGGCACGCAGGAGCCCAAUCCACUUGCUUCGUUUCGAUGAGGAAAGUGAAACAUACCUCAUACGCGCCGUUCGAGAAGACGCCCCGAUUUUAAUUCGCAUGUUCACGCAUCUACUCCCGAGUCAGGCACUAAAAAGUCUGCAGCCGCGAAAUGUACUCUUAAUAAGCGCUGGCUGAUUCAACGUAUUCCGAAAAAGAAGCGGAAGGCCAUUGGUAUACGCACACUUUAAAUGCAAGUCACUUUAUAAAAACAGGCAACGUGGCCCCGUCAUGUGUGUACAGACCGCCUUGAAAGCACGAAUACCAAAGUGAAUAAAAUCUUGUCCGACAACGUAAUACGCCCUUUUAUAUCGGCGUGUAAACGAACGAGAACGACAGGGACGACAGAGGACAAGAGCUUGUCCUAUUGUCCUUCCCGCUGUCUUCAUUCGUUUGCGUUUCGAUUCGAAAAUGGACGACUUCCAAAUGGCGUCUUCACCAGCCUCCUAGACAGUAAUAUAAGUAGUAUAAAGACGGUGUCCAACGAAGCCAAAAAAGCUCAUGCUAUACAGCUAAAUAAAUGCAACAUACAGUUUUAUCAGCGAGGACAAAAGAUUAGGACAAAAAGAAAAGCAAUGCAAGCGCCCUCACAGGGGUUCUUUUUGUUGCCGGACCACUCGCUGCCUCGAAUUAUUUUUUUCUUAUUCUUGAAUCCCCGUUUCAUUCGGCACUGAAAAAAAGCCUGCUCCCUCUUUUGAUGAAGACAAGCCGAGGAACCGCGUCGGUGUAAAUUACGCGGCGCACGGAUAAAGCUGCGCCAACCAUACACAAGUCUGCUCUCCUCCGAAUGUACGCGGUGCAAAUUUUCUUUCAAUUUGUCUCUUUUUUUAUCGUUUUCGUUUUUCUUUCUUUACUUUCUUUCAAUUUCGUUCCCCGCGCCACCACGCAACCUGCAAGCGAGCUCAAUUCGCGUAUUCCUUUGUCGAUGUAACUUUCAACAAAGGUCCGAAGCUUCGCACAUCGCCCCAGAGCGCCAGUUUCCACACACAGCGUGCAGU